CAAUCGAGCAAGAACUGAAGUCAUAUAAAAAACUAACGAAGCACGCUUACGUUAAACUGUGAGAACUCACAUGCUGACUCUGAUUUGUUUAUUGCUUUUCUCUUGGCUGAUUGAUACUGUGCUUGUUGGUGCGGCUCAGAUUCCUAACCCAUGGACUGAAUACAGAGACUGCGGAUUGAAGCAGCCAGGAUACAUCUGUGACCCGGAUCAGCUGAUGACCUCAAAUGACAGAAACAGUUUGAACAGUUACCUGAGAAGUUCUUUCCAGGGCAUUCAAUUGGGAUCAAGCCGCAACUGCAAUUAUAGGAAUGGAUCCCUUGCCUCGGUUCUCAUAGUUUACGAUAUUCGAGACUACUUUCCAAACAGUCCUAACAUGUCGGAUGAGUCACUGUACGAGAAGCUAGCAGACAAACUUCGACUAGACCUCUGGCCUUUCGGGUCAUGUAGGGACAAUAUUUAUGUGGUGUUCGGAUACUUGCCCACGUACAAAGUGUGUCCAGUGAAAAAAAGUGUGCAAAUACAACCAGUUUCUUGUCAGCUUGAAAUUAUCAGCGGACGGCUCUGGACUAAAUAAAUUCGACUCUCAAAUAGAUCUCCCGUUUGAGUUGAAGUCAAACUUCGAGGCGACAUUUUUCAAAGAAAAUUCAGAGAAGCAGAGACAAGAUUUCAUCAAGGGCGCCAUUGACUUCAGCCGACCACUGCUCGACUCGUUGAAGGAACUCAUAACUGACAUUAAGUCAAUUAUGGACACAGUUCCAAAUGAUUUCGUGGAGUUUAACAAUGAGAUCAAUUUUGAAGUCACUGGUUUCCAAUGGGGCUUUAGUUGGUCAGCUGCUCUUCGAUGUAAAACAUUAAUUAUAUUUUUUCUGCCAACAGCAAUUUUUUUCCUUCCUUCUA